CUCCGGCUCCCCUCACACUCACGCACACAGGCCGGGCAUUGAUGGUAAUGUAUGCGAGGAAACAGCAGAGACUCAGUGAUGGCUGUCACGACCGCAGGGGGGACUCGCAGCCCUACCAGGCUCUUAAAUACUCAUCCAAGGGUCACCCCAGUGGUGGUGAUCACCGUCAUGACAAGAUGCGAGACACCACAGAUCCUUCACCACCAAAUAAAAUGUUGCGACGCUCUGAUAGCCCUGAAAACAAAUAUGUUGACACCCCAGGGCACACUAAAGCAAAAAGUGUGCAUACUCACAGAGUUAGAGAGAGGGAUGGUGGGACCAGUUACUCUCCACAAGAAAAUUCACAUAACCACAGUGCUCUUCAUAGUUCAAAUUCACAUUCUUCUAAUCCCAGCAAUAAUCCAAGCAAGACUUCUGAUGCAGCUUAUGAUUCUGCGGAUGACUGGUCUGAACACAUCAGCUCCUCAGGCAAAAAGUACUACUACAACUGCCGAACAGAAGUUUCACAAUGGGAAAAACCAAAAGAGUGGCUGGAAAGAGAGCAGAGACAAAAAGAAGCAAGCAAGAUGUCAGUUAACAGUUUCCCAAAAGAUAGGGAUUACAGAAGAGAGGUGAUGCAGGCGACAGCUGCAAGUGGGUUUGCCAGUGGAAUGGAAGACAAGCAUUCCAGUGACGCCAGUAGUAUGCUCCCACAGAAUAUUUUAUCUCAAACAAGCAGGCACAAUGACAGAGACUACAGACUGCCAAGAGCAGAGACUCACAGUAGUUCUACUCCAGUACAACAUCCCAUCAAACCAGUGGUUCAUCCAACUGCUACCCCAAGCACUGUUCCUCCUAGUCCAUUUUCUCUACAAUCUGAUCACCAGCCAAAGAAAUCCUUCGAUGCUAAUGGAGCAUCUACUUUAUCAAAACUGCCUACAUCCACAUCUUCCAUCCCUUCACAGAAAACAGAGAGAAAAGAGUCUGCAUCUCUGGACAAGUCCGUACCCCAUUCUUGCACAACUCCUUCCACAUCUUCGGCUUCUGGACUGAAUCCAACUUCGGCACCUGCUUCAUCUGCUCCCACAGUCCCCGUCUCACCUGUCCCACAAUCACCAAUUCCCCCGUUACUGCAGGACCCAAAUCUCCUUCGACAGCUGCUGCCUGCUCUGCAAGCCACAUUGCAGCUUAAUAAUUCUAGCGUAGAUAUAUCCAAAAUCAAUGAAGUUCUUACAGCAGCUGUGACACAAGCCUCUCUGCAGUCUAUACUCCAUAAAAUUCUCACUGCUGGACCAUCUGCUUUCAAUAUUACUUCCCUAAUUUCUCAAGCUGCACAACUGUCUACGCAAGCUCAGCCAUCUAAUCAGUCUCCAAUGUCUUUAACAUCGGAUGCCUCAUCACCCAGGUCAUAUGUGUCUCCCAGAAUAAGCACCCCUCAGACUAACACUGUUCCUCUGAAACCAUUGAUGACUACGCCACCCGUCUCAUCACAGCAGAAGGUUACUACUCCAGGUGUGAAACAAGGACCAGCUUCGCAGUCAGCACCGCAGCAACCAGUAAUAGCUGACAAGCAGGCAGGGCAUGAACCUGCCUCUCCACGAAGUCUUCAGCGUUCGAGUAGUCAAAGAAGCCCGUCACCAGGUCCAAAUCAUACCUCCAGCACGAGUGCAUCAAAUUCAACACCUGCGCCGCAGAAUACAUCUGUACGACCUACGUGUUCAUUAACACCUACGCUAGCAGCACACUUCAAUGAAAAUCUUAUAAAGCAUGUCCAGGGCUGGCCUGCAGACCACGCGGAAAAGCAAGCAUCAAGAUUACGUGAGGAAGCCCACAACAUGGGAAGUGUUCAUAUGUCAGAAAUUUGUACUGAAUUAAAGAAUUUAAGAUCUUUAGUUCGAGUAUGUGAAAUUCAAGCAACUUUGCGUGAGCAAAGGAUACUAUUUUUGAGACAACAAAUUAAAGAACUUGAAAAGCUAAAGAAUCAGAAUUCCUUCAUGGUGUGAAAAGUUGUGAAUAAUUGCACAUGGUUUUGAGUAAAGGAACUGUUAAACUGAUGCCCAGUCUUGACACUUUUGAGCUGCAUUUGAGUAGACUUUGGACCGUUCAGCUGGGCAGAAAAAAAAAGAUGACAUGGGGAAGGGGACAGGAGGGAGUCAAAUUCAGGGGAAAGAUACAAGAAUGAUUUGUAAAACCCUUGAAAUGUAGAUUUCUUGUAGAUGUAUUCUUCACGUUGUAAAUAUGUUUUGUAGAGUGAAGCCAUGGGAAGCCAUGUGUAUCAGAGCUUAGACAUCCAAAACUAAUCAAUGCUGAGGUGGCUAAAUACCUAGCCUUUUACAUGUAAACCUGUCUGCAAAAUUAGCUUUCUUUUUUUUUUCCCCCUUUUUUUCUUUUUUUUUCUUUUUUUAGUUAAUUUAUCGUUCAGAAAUUUUGCAUUUCCUAAAAUUCAAUGCAAGCGCCAGACGAUCUGUGUCUAAGGCUGCAACAAUUCGGGUAAUGUACAAAAUAUCAUGAAACAACUGUUUCCACACUUGCACCGAAUCAAGAGCAGUGCUUCUCCAUUUUUGUUUUACAGAGAAAUGUUUUUCAUUUUCUGUGUUCCAUUUCCCCGUGAAAUCCUGAAUCUGAUUUUAUCAUUUUUUUUAAUGCUUCUAAUUUUCUCUUUUCUUAAGGCACUGUUGCUAUGGCACUUUUUCUAUAAUCUUUUCAUUCCUGUGUACAGUAGCUUAAAAUUGCAGUGAUUGAGCAUAACCCACUUGUUUGUAUAAAUUAUUGAAACGUAUUUCCAUUUGCACCCUGUAAGAAUGGACUUAUAGUACUGCUGGGCAUGUGUGCUGAAAGUACAUUACUUGCUCAAAUAUGAGGAAAUAGCCCAAUGAACAUGUUAACAUGGUUGUGGGAGGGGAAAGAGGAGAGGAAAAAAAAAAAAGCUAGUCAGAUGUGAAUUGUAUCUGUUGUAAUAAACAUGUUAAAA